UUAAAACGGUCGUAAAUAAUAUCAAAAGUAUAUUCCAUGGUUUUGCUAUAUACGCUACAUUUUUGUUUUAGUUUAAAAUGUUGAUUUUAUGUAGAUUUAAUUUUAUUGGUCUUCAACUACUCCUUCUAACACAUAUAGCUCACUCAUUCGUUCUCCUAACAGCAAACGUAGAAGAUGUAAAAAAACUGGCUCGGAAAUUCGUAUCCGACUCCCUAGCAGAUAAAAUAGCCGAGUUCAUUGCAAAAGCAGCUCAAAAUAUGGGCGCAAAUGUUUCAGAGGAAAAAGAACCCAAAGCAGACCAAGUUUCUGAAGAAAAUGACCAAUAUAAUAUCGAAAGACAUGGCGAAAGUGGUGCUCAAGAUGCUGUGAAAUCUAAAGAAGAAAGUACAGAAAAAACGGUGGAGAAAAAAGAAGAAUCUGAUUCUAUAUCCAUAGAGGAAAAGAGCAAAGAGAUUGAGACAACUGCAGAAACAACAACAACUCAAAUACAACCCGAAGAGCAAAGUCGAUACUUACAACUUGAACCAAAAUUGAACCAACCGUCGGAGCCAGAGAAAAAAUCCAAAUUAAGCGAAGAAGAUGACAAAUUCGAUAAAUCAAAAGAAGCAAGCAAAUAUCUUGAAGAAAACCUUGUUACUAAAUCAACAACCAACAGUGAAACUUUAAAACCUUUAGAACCUUUAAAACCAAAGAAAGCCAAAAAAGGCAGACCUUACAGGCUUUUAGCUAACUUAAACUCAAUUGAAGAAAACGAUAUGAAUGCUAAACUAACUGAAAAUAAUGAUACGUUAGAUGAUUUUUCUGAAAACUUGCUUUUUAACCAGAAGAGGUCCUUCGAUGGACAUAGAAACUUUGGUGGUAUAAAACUGACUACAAGCAAGGGAGCUUAUGAAUUUGAUCAAUACGACACUAAGAGAAUUAAGAAUAAUGGUUUAGUGGCUACUAAUGGACCAGCCACGUUUAUUUCACCUGGAGAUAAAGUAUCAGAUAACUGGUGGGAGAAAGAUUUGCCAGGUCGGCUCCAUGAUGAGAAGGGCAACAUUGAAUCAAAAAGAAAAUCUUGGUUCUGAUUUCUGAAUAAACAGUUUUGUAGUGCUUAGUAUUUUACAGGUUAUUUUUUCUUGCUUUUUACGAAUAAAGAUAAAAAUUAUGUAAAUCAAGUGUGUGAU